AACACUGAUAUAAGUAUUUUUCAUGUUAAAUGUACUGAGAUAUCUACUUUCAAGACUUCAGAACUAUCAUUUUGCCUGACUGUGUCAUUUUGCGAUUAUACUUCAUGCUUUGAAUUUCAAUCCGUCAAACCGACUCUCGUAACGAACUUUAGAGCGGUGGUUUUAUGUUUAACGAACAUCAGGGCGCGAAAGGUUAUAAUGUCAAAGACGCACAGUCCAACACAUUUUAAUGGAGAAAUAGAAAGCAUUUACUAUCCAGAGUUUAAUGCAAAUAUUGAUAAGCAGAUGCGAGUCCCCAAAAGCAUUCGAGUAAACGGGGAUUAUACAGAUGAAGAUAGUGCUGCUACAAAUAGAUCAACGUGGAAUCAAAUGUCAAAUACUACGGAGAAACUUGAAAUGCAUGUGCCAGAAAGGAUUCUUGUUGUUGGACAAGAACAGCAUGUUGGUACCAAGGCACCACCACCUGAAAUUGUUUUAGAAAAUACUAUAAUGCGUGAGCCUGCUAUAGUCAGAGUACAGACUCCUCCAAGAAUUUUGACUCUGGACAAUCAUUACUUCCCAGCGGUGGAUGAAGAGGAGGUUCUAUCACAUGUUGAUGAAAUUGUAAAUCCAGUGAAUGAGAUAAGACCCAGGACAUACAAUACGGAAACACAGAUAGUGAAGCAUGUCAGAGAACAAACUCCCUCUUACAAUGCUCUCGAUGUUUCUUUGCAACCCAGUGAAGAAGUUCAACACUUACGUCGUCAAGUAGGUAAAUUGAAUCGCAGAGUAAUGGCACUUGAAUUAGACAUGCUGCAUCGUCAGCAGAGAGACAGGAUCUUGUAUAUUGCAACUAUAGCAUACUUCAUUUUGAAAACCUUCUCUUGGUUAACCAGAAAUUGAAUUAUUGAUUGAAAAAAAGAAAGGAAAGAAAAAAAUUUCGGAAACAUUUACUUUGCUAGAAGAGGCAAUGUUUUUUUAAUCAGAAUCUUGGAUUAUUCUUGUUGUAAAAAAGUAUAACCAAAGAUUUUUUAUCACAGCCUUAUAAAUCGUCAAAAUAGAGGUGAAUGACGUAUAUAAUACAAGAUAGGUGUGCUAGAAUUUCUAAAGCAGAUAGACAGACGAUAUAUGAAACGCAUUGAAAAUAUGACGAUCGCUUGUCUUUGCUGUAUUAAAAAUAAGUCUGGAUUUAAAAGGAUGCGUAUGUAUUGUAUUGGGUUUGACAUAUAUAUAUAUAUAUAUAUGUGUGUUAUUGUUAAUGUAUAUACAACAAUUUGUGCAGAACUGUAAUAAAAUGAACUAAUUUUCAUACAAUGUAAACGUAGGAAAUGUAGCGCGAAUAUUGAUCGAAGUGCGCAUCACAAUAUAACUUAAUUUCCUUUCUCAGUAUUAAUGAAAAAAAAAGAAGUGUUUACGGAAUAAUUUAUUUCUGUCGCGUGCGAUAUCAUCGACGAUUAUCUAUGCUUAUCUGAACAUCUUAUCUGAAUUUAAUGAUUUACUUCAACGAUACAUAGUUGCGUUUUCUCUGUGGCCAUAGCACUUAGGAUUGUAAUCUUGUCUAACAUAUAUUGCGAGUAAUAAAACUAAUAAAGUUAUAUUAUUACAGACGUAUUUUACAAUGUUAGGAAUAUAUGUGUAUAAAAGUAAUUGGAGUGUUGUGCAUAUAUAUUAUAUGAAUGAUUAUUCUUAAUAGGAAAACUCUUUGUGAUAUAAAAUUCUCUUCAAAUCUUA